AUGUGCCACCCUGACGGCCAUGAGCGUGGAUCGUUGGUAUGUGACUGUAUUCCCGCUGCGCGCCCUGCACCGCCGCACUCCGCGACUGGCCCUGGCUGUCAGUCUUAGCAUCUGGGCUCUGCAGCCGUGUCCGCCCCGGUGCUGGCCCUGCACCGCCUGUCGCCCGGGCCUCGCACCUACUGCAGCGAGGCGUUUCCCAGCCGUGCCCUGGAGCGCGCCUUCGCGCUCUACAACCUGCUGGCUCUGUACCUGCUGCCGCUGCUCGCCACCUGCGCCUGCUACGGUGCCAUGCUGCGUCACCUGGGCCGCGCCGCUGUGCGCCCCGCUCCCACUGACGGCGCCCUGCAGGGACAGCUGCUGGCACAGCGCGCUGGAGCAGUGCGCACCAAGGUCUCCCGGCUGGUGGCCGCCGUGGUCCUGCUCUUCGCUGCCUGCUGGGGCCCGAUUCAGCUGUUCCUGGUGCUCCAAGCCCUGGGCCCCGCGGGGGCGUGGCACCCUCGCAGCUACGCCGCCUACGCGCUCAAGAUCUGGGCUCACUGCAUGUCCUACAGCAACUCGGCGCUCAAUCCGCUGCUCUACGCCUUCUUGGGCUCACACUUCAGACAGGCCUUCUGCCGAGUGUGCCCCUGUGGCCAGCGACGCCAGCGCCGGUCCCGCGGGUCUGCACUCUCAGACCGAGCCGCAACCCACACCGCGCCGCACAGUCUGGCCGCGCACCCCGCCGAUGGCGUCAGGACGCCCGAGCCUGGAAACCCUUCAAUGCGCUCCCUGUGCGGUUUGCAAGAACAAACUGUUCCACUCUGAGCCAACCCCUGCCGGAUAAACGAGCCCGUAUUCCGUUGUUAAAAGCUUAGUUUGUGUCCGGGGUAACCCGUGUAAACCUCCUUCUCUUCCUUCUUCGGUUGGGCAUCUGUGGGCCAUGGUUUUGGCUGUGGUUGUGAUAAUUCUCUGUACUCUGCAGAGUUUGGAGAUUAAUGUCCCCACUUUCUGCAUCUACUUCAAGACUUUGUGCUUAUUAGGCAAAUGCUGGACCACUAAGCUAAAUUUCUCCCCAUCUCUUGUCUUUUUUGAAACAGGAUCUCAAAUAGCCCAGGCUGGCCUCCAACCUCUGUAGCUGAGGCUGACCCUGAUCUCCAGCCACGACCUUGAGACCGGGUCAGGUGGUGGCACACGCUUUUAAUCCCAGCACUCUGGAGUCA